AUGCCUGAAGUGUUAGAAAAGGUAGGUGACUACCUACAACAGUUUCAAACUGCUUUUAAAAAGGCUGCAGAUAAUGAGAAGGUAACUAUUACUUGGGAUGCUUUCGAUGUUGUUGACGCUCAAGAAUACCCUUCUCUCCAAGAUAUUGAAAACGGAACAUAUGAUGCUCUUAUCUUAACUGGUUCCAAGUAUAACUCAUAUGAUAAUGAUCCUUGGCUUCUAAAGUUAAUUGACUUUAUAAAGAAAAUGGAAACAGACUAUACAGAUAAGGUCAAAUUAGUUGGUGUUUGUUUUGGUCAUCAAAUUAUUAUACGUGCUGCAGGAGGAAAGACGGCUAAGAGUACGACUGGUUGGGAGGUAUGUAACAGAGAAUUUAUUAAAAUUAACCAAUCUCAUCAAGACAUCAUUACUGAUGUACCGGAAGGUUACAAAACGUUAGGCUACACAAAGGAUAGGACACCUGUUCAAAUUUCUGUUUCAGAAAAUAAGCAAUGCAUUUGUAUUCAGGGUCAUCCAGAGUAUAGUAGAGUUGCAAUGAUGAUAUUAAUUAAAGCUAGAAUGAAAGCAGGUGUAAUUGAAAAAGAUUUGGCAGAAAAGGUAUUGUACGAAUUGGAGAAUUCCUAUAAAGAUGUAGAUGAUGUCUGGUUUACGGAAAAAGUUUUAGAUUUUAUUCUUAAUAAGCUCUAG